UCCGCGACUGCUCUCUGCGCUCUGUCCGUCUCCGCUGCUAGCUUUAGCCUGCGAGCUAGCUCCGCACACAAACAUGGCUCUGUCGCAGGCUUUAUCCGAGGAGGAGUUUCAUCGGAUGCAGGCACAGCUCCUGGAGCUGAGGACCCAGAAUUAUCAGCUCUCAGAUGAACUAAGGAAAAAUUCUGCAGAGCUGAAUAAUCUCCGCCAGAAAAAUGUUGUUCUAGAGAAAGACUUUGUUAAAGCUCAGAAGGCAGUGACCAAAAGUAAAAAGGCUCAGGAAGUAGAGGCUCUUUUGGGGGAGAAUGAGAUGCUCCAAUCCAAACUCCACAGUCAAGAGGAAGACUUCAGACUCCAGAACUCCACUCUGAUGACAGAACUCUCCAAGCUGUGCACACAGAUUGAGCAGUUAGAGCAAGAAAAUAAGGCUCUCAAAGAAGGGGGAGAAACUACAAGUUCUGCCUCUUCGACAGCACCACCUACAGUCAAUGAUGAGCUUUUGCGACUACAGGCUGAGAACACCUCUCUGUACAACAAAAUCAAAGCGCUACAGGACCAGCUUGACCGGGACAAGGGGCGCACAGCGGGAGAUGGAGAAACCUCAAACACUAAUGGAGUAAGUGAUGUCACUAAAGAGAAAGAACCUACAGCCAAUCACAGACAAGAACAUGCUUCAGAUAAUUUUGAACAGACAGACAAAAGGCUUAGUGAGCUGGAGCUGUCCCUAAACACAGAAAAAGAGGCUCAGAGGCUACUCAGGGAACAACUCAAAUCUGUUGAGUCCUCCAAACAUACAGAGAUCUCUAAACUACAAGAGGAAGUUGCAAAGCUUACAGAUAAACUAAAAAAGAAACAGGAGAGUUUUCAGCGUUUGCAAGGAGAGAAGGAGGCUCUGUACAAUGAUAGCAGGACAAAGAUUGAUGAAAUAAAUCAGCGAAAAGAAGAAGAAUUAAAGGCUCUAAACUCCAGGUUACAUAAGAUACAGACUGACCUCCUCUCAGCCAAUCAGUUGGUGUCAGAACUGAGAGAGCAGAUCCAAAGUAAAGACAAAGAACAUGAACUGGCACUGCACACACUCAGAGAUCAGGUGGCCAAUCAGAGUGCAGUGACUCAGGAGCAGGUGGAUCACAUGCUUCAGGAGAACGAUGCUCUGAGAACCAACCUGGCAGCACUAGAACAGAUCCAGACAGCAAAGACUCAGGAGAUGAACCUGCUUCGUGAACAGCAGGAGGCGCUGACAAGUGAGCUGCAGCAGAAACAAGUGGAGAAUGAGAGUUUACUGGCUCAGAAGGAUGACCUGCAGUCACAGUUACAGGAAUCUAGUUUUGCAAAUAGGAAACUUCUGGAGCAGCUCACAGACGAGGGACACGAGAAGGACAAACUGUUACGGGAACUCGAUGAAGCCAAAAAGACAGCUGAGAAAAGGAAAUCGAUGUUGGAUGACAUGGCCAUGCAGCUGAACCAGGAGAAGUCUGACCACAAGGAGGCACUGUCUGACCUCAAACUGCAGCACGAGAAGGAGGUUUUGGCAGUGAGAGCUCGCUAUGAAAAAGAACUCCGAGGACUCCAUGAAGACAAGAACAGGUCAGAGGAGGAGAUACGGCAGCAGCUCAGGGAGGAGAAGGCUAAAACCAAAGAACUGGAGGGGCUGGUGCUGAAGGUGGAGGAGCUGCAGAACCAGGUCCAGUCCAUGGAGGGGACUAAAGGCUGGUUUGAGAGGAGACUCAAGGAAGCUGAGGAGAACUUGGAACAGAAGAUUAUGGAGCAUCAGAAGCAGGUUAAGCAACUGCAGAAGGACCACUCUGAGCAGAUGCAGUUGAAGCAGUCAGAGCUGGAGCAAGUGCAGCUGCAACUCCAGGAGAAGGAGAAACAAGGGGACGAACUCAACCAAACCAUUGACAAACUCCGACAGGAAAUAAAAGACACAGUGGAUGGACAGAGGAUUCUGGAGAAGAAGGGAAGUGCUGCGUUAAAGGACCUGAAGAGACAAUUGCAGCUGGAAAGGAAGAGAGCUGACAAACUCCAAGAGAGAUUGCAGGACAUCCUCACCAAAACCAGAACGGCUGGUCUGGAAGAGCUAAACCUGUCCGAGAUCCACAGUCCCAGUCGAACCCAACAAACUGGAGACUCCUCCUCUGUGUCCUCCUUUUCCUUCAAAGACAUGAUGAAGGAGCAGCCAGCCAAUCAGAGCAAGUCUGGAGGAGGCAGCCCUCAGUCGCAGCGCCCGGCCGACCUCUCUGAUGACGAGGUGGGAGAGCUGUUUCAGAGGCUGGCUGAGGUGCAGCAGGAGAAGUGGAUGCUCGAGGAAAAGGUGAAACAUCUGGAGGUGAGCUGCUCGUCGAUGGCUGAGGACAUUUGUAAAAAGAGUGCGAUUAUCGAGAUGUACGUCAUGGACAGUCGCAGAGACGUGUCCGGUUCAGGCACUGGAGGGGCUCACAGUGCGCCCCACACAGACAGAGGUAAACUGGGCUCUGUGCUGAGAGAUCUGGUCAAACCUGGAGACGACAACCUCCGAGAGAUGAACAAGAAGCUCCAGAACAUGUUAGAGGAGCAGCUGACAAAGAACAUGCACCUACAGAAGGACCUGGAGGUUCUGUCUCAGGAGCUGGUCCGGGUCAGUAAAGAUGGCUCUAGUUCCACCUCAGGAUGAAGCUGAUUCUUCUUUGUUUUUUCUUACAAACUGGAACGGACUGGAUUUUAUUUGGAAUAAACUCAGGCUCCGUCCACACAACACUUUCCCAGCGGUUACAGAGAGAGAUGUAAAUAAGAAAAUAUUAAUAUAUGCGAAUUGUACACUAACAUGUUUGACAGUGGUGCACGAUGGCAGAGUGGUUAUCCUGUCACCUGCCUCUCAGUAAGGAGGUUAUGGGUUAGACUCCUGAGCUGAGUGGAGUGUGUAUGUCCUCCGUAGGUCCAUUCCUCUCCCUCCCUCGGUCCAAAGACAUGCAUGUUUCCCCCAUCAAACCAAAACAUGCACAAUAGGUACAAUUCAGCUCCAGGGUAGUUCUGACCAAGCCUAGCAACAAGAUCACAAUGACAGGGCACACACUACUCCUGCUCCAGCGGUAUUAAAAGAUGGGCCAAAUGCAGAGGAUAAAUUUCCCUAUGGGGACAAUGAAGUGUAUCUUAACCUAAUGACCCUUAGAGAAAGAAUACGUGUGUGUCUAUGAUAGUCAGUCCAGAUUGUGCACCACAUAACACCCAUAGUAGUGAAUAGUGGCAUUUGCUCUCUAGAAAACACUAUGACAACAGUUUAAAGUGUGAACGGAGCCUGUAUUUGAAUGUAUUGUUUUAAUUCAGUUCACACCAAACACCACUUUCACUUAUUUCGCUUUUUCCCGCUAUGCUACUCUUUGGUCUUCCUCUAGGAGGCCUCCUGAUUCAUGGCCUCAGCAUCCUUCUACCCAUGUAUUCACUACCCCUGUUUUGUACAUGUCCAAACAUCUCAAUUUGAACAUUUUAUCUUUUCUACAAAACAUCUUAUAUGGGUUGUGCAAAUGAAGUAUUCUACCCAUCCCAGCCCUGACAAAGUUUCUUGAUGUGAAACUGGGUUGUUGGUAGUCAUGUUUUACUGCUAUUUUUAUAACAACUGUAACAACUUUUUCACUGAUUUGGUGUGAACUGAUUUAAAAUAUGUGUGUACGUGUGUUUUUGUCAAAUGUUUCUGGUAAAGGUCUGUAUUUUUCCGCUGCUGCUUUUUGUCUUAAUCUGCUUUCCAAAGGUUUCACUGCAGCAAAAAUUCAAGAGGUUUAUAAAGGAAUCUAUGGACCAAACCAGACUUUAUCAUCAAGAAACUGUCCCUAUCUGGCAAUGGUAAAUGCGGAAAAGUGACUCGUGACCUUUUAGUCAUAUUGGAAUGUCGUUGCGUCAUCAAAAACAUACACAGAGUUGUUUUGUUUUCAUUCACACAUUUGGUUUGUGUAAUCCUUUAUUAUUAGUCUGUGUCCAUCUCCAAAGCUCAAAAUGCAGUGCCACCUUUUGAUGUCAUGUACUGGUAGUUUUCAAGUUAACGGCUUAACCUUUUACCUUUUAGUUCCGUAGAAAUUGGCAAUUCUAGAGCAAUUUUUUUUCAAAUGAUUCUAGUGAAAGUGUAUGGAGUUUAAAACAGUGGAGCACUUCCUGUAUUACCACAUGACAUCACAAGGUAGAACAGUGUGUUUCUGUUUGAGAGAAGAACUCAGCCUGAAUAUGCAGAGUUUGUGUGUUAAACAUUUGCAUGAAACAAAACACAACUUCAGGUGUGUUUGCGAUGAAGAAAGGACAUUAUAACAGAUCAGAAAAUAGCGUAAUAUGGGCCCUUUAAGACCUGGAUUCACAAGGGCAAAUGCUGUUAUAUUUCACACAAUGGUAAAGCCAAAUAAUUUCAAAACAAGGAUUUAAACCAAGAAUAAACCAAGACUCUAUUAGGUGGUUUAAUAUUCAAUUGUUGAUAAAGUCUGGUUUUAUUGUGUUCUUUUCUGUCUUGUCUAAAGCCUUAUGAAGUUGCGGUCUAAUUGUUGCAGACUGUAUUAAACCUUAUGGACUGGGCUCGGUCUAAUUGCUGCAGGCGGCUCUUCCUGCUGUUUGUCUCUGUUUUUAAAGUGUUUUAUUUGAGGCCCGUUGAUUUGUAUAUAAUGCUGUCACAUGAUGGGUCACAUGACUGUAUCUGUGUGAAAAAUCAACUGAUUAUUAUUUAUGAAUACAAUUAUGACGCUAAUUAUUGUAACUGAAAUUAAAUCUGUCACAACCUUCAA